AUGUUCACACCAUUGAAAGCCUCCUGUGGUGCAUUCAUGCUCCAUGAAGCCACAGACAACUACCUAUUUAGCAACGGCCGGAUUCUCGGAGCGUCAUCGAUCCUCUUUGGAGGCAUCCAGCAGCUCCUGACCGACCCCAUCAACGCUAUCAAAACCUCGGGAUCGGUCCACGUGCUCUUCGGCAUGCUCCUAUCUGGAGUGUCUACCUACCUCUUUACACCCAUCUUCCUGCCCAACUACUCCGCCCACGUGCCCUGGGCUCCGUUUGGAACUUACACUAACCUGAUUGCCGGACUGCUGGUAGGUUUUGGAACCAAACUUGGAUCCGGAUGCACCUCGGGUCACAUGCUGUGCGGUCUCUCUCGAGGCUCUGAGCGAUCCUUUGUCGCCACUGCCACCUUCUCUGCCGUUGCCAUGAUCACCGCCCGUGUCGUGGGCUCCCUUCCUUCCUGCUACGAUGCCACUGGCCAACAAGUAGCCUGCCACCAUAUUGCCGAAAACUACAGCGCCGAGCUCCCCUACCUGGCUGGUCUUCUGGGCGUCAUUCUGUUGCUUAGAAACCUCAUCCCCAAACUCAACUUGUCUCUCCAGACACGAUCCACCCUCUCGGCCAUCUUCUCCGGCUUUGCUUUCGGCACCGGCUUGCUCGUUUCUGGUCUGGCUGCUCCCUCAAAGACGCUCGGCUUCCUCGCAGGUCUCCCUCCCAAGUUCGAUCCUUCUCUGGCCCUCGUGAUGCUCUUUGGUGUUCUUCCCAACGCCAUCUCCGCCUGGAAGUCCGGCUACUUCACCAAGGUCAAGCCUUUGCUGACCGGAGACUUCUCGCUACCCACCGCCAAGGACGUGACUCCUCGUCUUGUCAUCGGAGCUGCCAUUUUCGGUGUCGGAUGGGGUAUGGCAGGUAUCUGUCCUGGCCCCGGUAUCCUUGGAUCUUUCCUUGACGGUCUGCGAGGACUCUCAUGGCUCGUCGGCUUCCUUCCUGCCUACUAUAUUGCCAGUCAGAUUUAA